UUCUUAAAAAAAAAAAACUCUUAAACUCUCAAACUUACACCAAAUUCACAAGCCACACCUGAGCUGUCAAUUCAAUAUUACAACUUUUUAAAGAUUUCAUUUCCAAAUUUUUUUCUUACAUUUCGAAAAUUUUCUUUUCUUGAAUUCUUGAAUUCUAAGCAACAUGUCAAUCUCCGACGAUAUAGAAGUAAUGCCCAGUAAAGAAACUGAAUCACCGGGGCGGACACCGGUACCGUCGGCUCCCCCGGUGGCUGUUGAUACAGAGACGGGAACCGGGUCUGGUUCUGGGUCUGGAUUUGGGAUAGCGGCGAUCAAGAGAAGGUGGCAGAGAGAAGCGGUUUUGCAGAGAGGAUCAUUGGCUCUGAGAGGAUUGGGAUUUUUAUUCUCUUUGCUUGGUUUUAUUAUCAUGGCGAGUAAUAAACAUGGGGAUUGGAAGAAUUUUGAUAGAUAUGAAGAAUACAGGUAUUUAUUGGGAAUAUCUAUACUUUCAACGUUAUACAGUGGAGGACAAGUGUUGAGACAUGUUCAUGAGCUUUCCACUGGAAAACUUAUUCUUCAACGUCAGACUUCUAUUAUGGUUGAUUUCAUUGGUGAUCAGCUUCUAUCAUAUCUCUUGAUAUCCUCAGCUUCAACGGCCAUUCCGUUAACAAAUCGGAUGCGAGAAGGGGCCGAUAACAUAUUUACGGACUCAUCUGCAGCAUCCAUUAGCAUGGCAUUCUUUGCAUUCUUUGUGUUGGCACUGUCUGCACUUAUUUCAGGAUACAAGUUGUCUACUCAAUCUUACAUUUAAUUCAAUUCUUGUUUUUUUCUCCAAUUCUUGUUUGUUAAUUCGUAAACAGCUAUUCAAUUCAAUGUAAGUAAACGAACAUACAUAUAUUUUCAAUACAAUACAAGAUCAUUUUCUUGACUAUAA